UGCGCGGCCUAGUUCAAUCCCGCGAGUUACCGUGGCCGGGUCGCAGCCUGCGUUGGGAUUUAAAAAACAAGUGACAAGUGAAGUGUUAUCUGUGCGGUAAAAUUCAAAUUUCGAAUACGACUUCAAAACGAAACUACACAAGACACAAAAUCACAAUCACACAGCAAAUUCACACAAAAACCACAUAACACACACACUGGCAUGUUUAUCCCAAAGUUGUGAGUAGUUGACAACUAAAUGGCGUUCAUGAGUGGGCUGUGGAACUCAAUUGUCGGAGGCAGUGAGAAAGAGGUCACUUGGGAAGAGGUCUCAACCCUCUACUUUGACAACUUCAAAAAGUACUUCUCCGUAUCAGAGGUCGACAAGGAAGCGUUCGCGAUAGUGUUCAGUGAAGCCCAUAAGAUCGGAUUCAAUAAGAACAAUUUUGGACUCGAUUAUACGCCGAUAAAUUUUGUGACGCUCUACCAUAUUGAUACUAGGAAAGCUGAAGUCAAGAUGCCCAGCGGUAACGUCGACAAGCCCGUCAUCGAGGACAACAGGGAUGGUACAGUCAGCAUCAGAUACGACCCCAGAGAGGAGGGCAUCCACGAGCUCUACGUCAAGUAUAAUGGGGAACACGUGCAGGGGUCUCCCUACAAGUUCACCGUGGACUCCAUUGCCUCCGGCUACGUGACCGCCUACGGGCCCGGCCUCAUCAGCGGCGUCAGCGGAGAGCCUAGCUUGUUCACCAUCAGCACCAAGGGUGCCGGCGCUGGUGGACUGUCUAUGGCUGUGGAGGGACCUAGCAAGGCUGAGAUCACCUGCCACGACAACAAGGAUGGAACCGUCGCCGUAUCGUACCUGCCCACAGCGCCUGGAGAGUACAAAGUCUCCAUUCGUUUUGGGGACAAACACAUCAAAGGAUCACCUUUCAUCGCCAAGGUCACUGGCGAGGGUCGCAAGAGGAACCAGAUCUCGGUGGGCAGCUGCAGCGAGGUCACCCUCCCGGGGAAGGUCAGCGACAAUGACAUCCGCAGCCUCAACGCUACUAUUCAGGCGCCAUCAGGCCUGGAAGAACCCUGCUUCCUCAAGCGGCUGCCUUCUGGCAACAUCGGCAUCAGCUUCACUCCUCGCGAGGCUGGCCAGCACGUGGUAUCUGUCAAGAAGAUGGGUGUGCACAUCCAGAACUCGCCCUUCACUAUUACUGUCGAGACGCAGGAGGUCGGAGAUGCUAAGAAAGUUCAGGUUUCUGGCACAGCCCUGAAGGAAGGAAAGACACACAGCGAGAACACCUUCUCAGUUGACACCAGGAACGCUGGUUAUGGUGGUCUUUCCCUCUCCAUUGAAGGUCCCAGCAAGGCCGAGAUCCAGUGCGCGGACAGCAAGGACGGCGUGCUGUCCAUCAGCUACAAGCCCACUGAGCCUGGCUACUACAUCGUCAACCUGAAGUUCGCCGACCACCACGUGGAAGGCUCACCCUUCACUGUUAAGGUCACCGGAGAGGGCAGCAACAGACAGAGAGAGAAGAUUCAGAGGCAGCGCGACCCUGCGCCCUUGACGGAGGUCGGCACCAACUGCAAGCUCACCUUCAAGAUGCCAGGCAUCACCUCCUUCGACCUGGCCGCGACGGUCACCAGCCCUGGAGGCGUGUCCGAAGACGCCGAGAUCCAGGAGGUAGAAGACGGCCUGUACUCCGUCCACUUCGUGCCUAAGGAGCUGGGCGUCCACACCGUCUCCGUCAAGUAUAGGGAGAUCCAUAUACCUGGAUCUCCCUUCCAAUUCACCGUGGGUCCUCUCAGGGACUCCGGCGCCCAUUUAGUCAAAGCUGGCGGUAGCGGCCUCGAGAGAGGCGAAGCCGGGCGCUUCAACGAGUUCAACGUGUGGACUCGCGAAGCUGGUGCUGGCCAGCUCGCCAUCUCCCUUGAAGGGCCCAGCAAGGCUGAAAUUGACUUCAAGGACAGGAAGGACGGUUCCUGCGACGUGUCGUACAAGGUUGAUGAGCCUGGUGAAUACCGCAUCGGCCUCAAAUUCAACGAGCAGCAUAUCCCAGAUUCUCCCUUCAAGGUGUACAUCUCCCCAGCGGUGGGCGAUGCAUACCUGCUGGAAGUGGCCCAGUUCCCAGACUCGGCUCAGGUGGACAAGCCAGCCCAGUUCUACAUCAGGUUCAACGGGGCUAAGGGAGAACUGGACGCGAGGGUGAUCUCCCCCUCAGGCAAGACCGACGACUGCUUCAUCCAGAACAUCGACGGAGACCAGUACUCCAUCAGGUUCAUGCCGAGGGAGAACGGGGUCCACAACAUCAACGUCAAAUUCAACGGGGUGCAUAUCCCCGCGUCUCCUCUUAGGAUCAAGGUGGGAAAAGAUGACGCCGAUCCAGCGGCAGUCCACGCACACGGCCCAGGGUUGGGCUCAGUGAAGACUGGAGUGAAGACGGACCUCAUCAUCGACACCUGCAACGCUGGAGCCGGCAUCCUGGCCGUCACCAUGGACGGACCCUCAAGGGUCGCCAUGGACUGCACGGAGGUUGAAGAGGGCUACAAGGUCCGAUACACGCCUCUGGCCCCCGGCUUCUACUACUUGAGCAUCAAGUACAGCGGAGCCCACAUCGUUGGUUCUCCCUUCAAGAUUGAGGCUACUGGUGGAAACCUCGCCGAAGUCGGUGCGCAGGAGACAUCUUCAGUCACCGUGGAGACGGUCCAGAAGGUCUCCAAGUCCGGCCAGAAGCAGGGUCCCGUGCUGCCCCACUUCAAGUCUGACGCCUCCAAGGUCACCUCCAAGGGCAUGGGCCUGAAGAAGGCGUAUCUGAACAAGCACAAUCAGUUCACGGUGCAUUGUGGUGAUGCAGGCAACAACAUCCUCUACGUCGGCAUCUACGGCCCCAAAGGCCCCUGCGACGAGGUCCAGCUCAAGCACAAAGGCAAGAACAACUACGAGUGCUGGUACGUCGUCAGGGACAGGGGAGACUACAUCGUCAUCGUCAAGUGGGGGGAUGAUCACAUUCCCGGCUCUCCCUACAAAGUUGAGGUUUAAGGCGUGAAGGGUUGAAUUUGACACACUGGAUGUGUUCUGCGUUCUUUACUUGUACUCGCACUGUCAGAUCGCAUCAACACAAAAUGUAUAUUGGCUGUUGAUUUCAAUCCUCGCCAUAUUUAGGGAAUUGAUUAUGUAGCUUAAUUAUGCAGUAAAAAAAUUGACUUCGAAAAAAAUUUAAAACGAACUUUAACUUUUUUAGUCAAAGAAAAGUACCUAUUUACACUACCUACUUUACGUGGUUUCCUUCAGUAGGCUAUCCGACAUGAUAAGCGAUCCGCGUAGCUCGAUGGUGCCGCAGUGUAAACGUAUUGCAGUUUUGCGAGCCACAGUAGGGUUGAUGUCGCACGGAAAAUAUUCGCUAAAAAUUCCACUUUCAUUUUUAAUUUUUUUUGGUGGAUAUGCAUAAUAGAUCACCUAAAUAAAUAUAGCGAGGAUUGAAAUCAACACCCUGUAGAGACCGUUGUUCAUAAUGCGGGCUGCGAUCACUUUGUCCUGACCGCAGACCACAUCCAGUGUGCCAAUUCCUUGAUAGCGUAUGUAGAGUGCUUAAAUUUUGCUAGUCGAGUAUUCUAGUCAUUGGUUUAUCAAUCUGGUUUUUAUAAUCUAUUUUGUCCUUUUGGGUAUUUAGUUCCUAAUUAUUUUUAACGUACCAUUUCCAAUUACUAAAUUAUAUUUUUUGAUGAAAUUGUGGGGGUAUAUUUUUGGAUUCUUUUGUGGUUAUGGAGUAUUUUGUCUACAUACGCUGUCGGUAGCAUAAGUAUCAUUAUUUUAACUUAUUUAAUCUCUAUCAAUCACAAUUUAAGGCGAUUUAAGGGUUCCGGGGAGGUUCUUCAACGUGUAUGGUAUCCGUUUAGAAAUUGAUCUCUCAAUAAAAAUAAAUACAAGACUGAACCUGCCCGACAUCCUUUUUGUUUUAGUGUUUUCUUCCUUUUGUAAUUUAUCUUUUAGUUAAAGCAUUUGGGAGUUCUAACAUGGGUUUUCGGAGACAAGUACCAUUUUAAGACAUUAUAUGACUCUCGUUUAGUUUAUUAGGGCGACUAAAUGACAAUUCAUAUAAAGUAUUAACUUAAAUAUUCCCUAUUAUUUUGUAAGCGCACGAAUUGCGACUUAUUUCGAUAUUUUCUUUGUCAGUAGGCGAUUUUUCUUUUUUAUUAGCUUCUUCUACGUCUUUUUUGGGUAAAAGUAGUGUUAGAGGAUCAUCUUCUUCGCCUAUUGCUUAAGGAUUAAUUGUAAAAUCAAAAGUAGGAUUUUGGGAAUAUGAGUCAUAUAUUUUUUGCUUACUGUCAUUAAUUUUCUUCAUUAGUAUAGGUUUUUCCUUUUCCUAAAAUCCUUCUUUUCCAGCUUAGACAUGAAGUAAGUUGUAAUUUGUGAUAUUUAUACGUAAGGUCAUUUAUGUAUUCGCUUUCUAAUUCUGUAUGUUUUGUGCUGGAUGAACAGUUUUACCUACGUAGGUAGAAUGACCCCUAUAUUGUAAAUACCUAUUUUAAGUGGUUUAUAUAAUGUAUUUGCGACUGUUAACUAAAUAAAAGAGGAAAGUUUA